AUGCUGAUUCUAUUGGAUAAUGCUAAUGAAUUACAUAACCUAAAUAUACUAAAUAGAAUAAAAUUUUAUUCACCUAAAAAGAAAUUAUUGCUUUUUUUUCAUUAGAAAAAUGGAAUAUUUUAUAUCUUUGAGAAGAAGGAAAAUAUCAAGAUUUUUGUGUUCUUGCAUAUAUUCUCUUUGAUUUAUUUGAAGAUUGAACAUGCCCAACUACAAAAUUAAUAUUAAUUGAGGUAUUUUAAACUUAAAAAUAGUUCGAAAGUUUAACAAACUGAGGACCUUCUAUUUAAUCAAAGACCAGUUGAUGGUAUCCUCUGGGAUGCUCUGAAAAAUGUUUUAUGUAUCAUAAGUAAUUAAUUAAAAAAAUGUCAUAUCCAAAAUGUUUCUGUAUGAAAUAAGUAUUUAAUAAUAUUAGGUUAAUAGUAGUAGAAUGAGAAUGUUGUCUAAUCUGUAUUACACAAGGAAUAACAAGAUUAUUUAGAAGGUAGAGAGACCAAAUUAUUUAAGAGGAUUUUUACGAUUGGAGUUAACCCCAUACUCCAUAAGAUAGCCCUCAUGACAUCGACCUAAAUUAUGAUGAAACCAGAGACCUUGAUAGUUCUGUAUAGAAAUCUGUACAGAAAAUGUAUUUAUUUUAUCAUUUUUAGCUAAUAUAAGAGAAUUCAAAAGCAUCAGCAUCGCAACAACAGAAUUAGAGGAGCGUUAUGAAACUCUAUUUUCAUAUAAGCAUAAAAUAUCAUCUCUUAUUUCGAUUAUAUGCUCAAGAGUUUUUAGAGACAUAAGGCUAUCUAUAUAUUUUACAAUAGCUUAGAAGAAAGUAGUUGGAUUUAUAAUUCAACACUUACCUGAUCGGUACCAUCAUUAUAUUUGGAUUAUAUUAGAUCUACAAUGUCCAAUAUUUAAAUAAAAUUCAAGAUAAUAUAGUUAUAGUCAUAAUUUAAAUAAAAUUAGAAUAUAUCAUACCUAUAUAAUAAUGUAAUUUGGAUGA